UUAUGUGAUGUCAGGGGUUUUGCAAUGUGGUCUCUUAUAUGGUCGUUUUUCGCAAACAUAUUAUUUCUGCAAAUGAAGCCUGCAAGAUUCAUGUUUGUCUCCUGCAACAUUCGAACUGUUGAAGAACAACGAUUGAAGGACCAGACUCCGAAAAUAAGUUACUGAUCCGUCUGAAAGUCAUUUCCUAAUACAAAGCAGUAGAGACCGCUCGAGGAACUAUUUCAAAUCUUAUUUUGCAGUUACUUUGCGAUAAUGCAUUUGAUUGCCUUUCGUAAAGCCAUUUUUAAACACACCCUGAAAAACGCCUACAACCGUGAAGUACUCUGGCGAGGACAAUGUCUGCAAAUGUGCAGACCCAAGACAUCUGCACCAAAAAACUUUGGCGAUUAUGAGAACAUGAGACGGACUUACAACCUAAAACCUUCUGCACAAUUUAAUUUUGCCAAAGAUGUGCUCGAGCAGUGGGAGAGGAAAGAAAAGAACGGACUGAAGUCAUCUCUUCCAGCUCUGUGGUGGGUGAAUGACAUUAGGGAGGAGGUUCGAUGGAGUUUUGAGGAGCUGGGGUUUCACUCCAGAAGACUAGCAAAUGUUCUGUGUCAGGUGUACGGUUUGGAAAAAGGGGACCGUGUUUUCCUCAUUUUACCUCAAGUCCCGGAGUGGUGGCUGGUUAAUGUAGCAUGUCUCAGAACAGGUACUGUUCUGAUCCCUGGCACUUGUCAGCUUACGGCUCGAGAUAUCCACCACCGGCUGCAGGCCUCUGGAGCCAAGUGUGUAAUCACAGAUGAAACUGUGGCUCCACUGUUGGACUCAGUGGCCUCGGAAUGCCCUUCCCUGACCAUCAAACUUCUGCGGUCCCACGGGGCCAGACACGGCUGGGGCAAUCUGACAGAACUGAUGGGAGUAUCAGAUGACCAUGUCUGUGUAGACACCAAGAGUGAGGAGCCCAUGACUAUCUUCUUUACCAGUGGCACGACUGGCUCACCCAAAAUGACCCAACACAGCCACUGUAGUUUCGGCCUGGGGCUCACAGUGAACGGCAGGUACUGGUUGGAUCUGACAGAGCGGGAUAUUUUAUGGAACACAUCAGAUACGGGCUGGGCCAAGUCAGCAUGGAGCAGUGUGUUUGCUCCUUGGAUUCAAGGAGCGUGUGUAUUUGUUCACCAAAUGCCACGGUUUGACACCACUACAGUUCUCAAGACUUUGUGUAGCUAUCCCAUCACCACCUUCUGCACGGCACCAACAGCUUAUCGGAUGCUUGUACAGGAGGACAAAUCCAGGUUUAAAUUCCAGGCUCUUGAGCACUGUCUAUGUGCUGGGGAACCUAUAAACCCAGAAGUGAUGUGGAAAUGGAAAGAACUCACUGGAUUAGACAUCUAUGAGGGUUAUGGACAGACUGAAACUGUCUUAAUUGCAGGCACAUUCAAAGGCAUGAAGAUCAAACCAGGGUCUUUUGGAAAGGCGGCACCAGGAUAUGAUGUUCAGGUGGUGGAUGAAGAUGGUUUCAUUGUGCCACAAGGACAAGAGGGGAACCUUGCAAUCAGAGUGAAACCACACAGACCCUUCUCACUCUUUACAGAGUACACGGGGGAGCCAGAGCGCACAGCAGAAUGUUUCCGUGGUGAUUUCUACCUGACAGGUGACAGAGGAAUGAUGGAUGAUGACGGAUACCUGUGGUUCAUCGGCAGAGCCGAUGAUGUCAUCCUCUCUGCAGGGUACCGCAUUGGUCCAUUUGAGGUGGAAAAUGCUCUGAUAGAACAUCCAGCAGUAGCAGAAUCAGCCGUGGUUAGCAGCCCUGAUCCGGUUCGAGGAGAGGUGGUAAAGGCUUUUGUAGUGCUGACAGCAGAUUUUAAAUCAAGACACCAUAAAGAACUGAUCCAGGAACUACAAACACAUGUAAAGAGUGUCACAGCUCCUUAUAAAUAUCCACGCAAGAUUGAAUUUGUGGACCAUCUGCCCAAGACUGUAAGUGGAAAAAUAAGGCGAGUGGAGUUAAGAAAGAAGGAAUGGGAACAGAAAAUGAACUAGAACUGGAAAUCCUUAACGGGCUGGAACACGAAUCCUUAAAGAGGUUGUUCACCUAAAAUAUAAAAAUGUUAAGAUGAAUGUGAGCUGAGAUCAUAUAGAAUACAAGACUUAUACAAGGAAUCUAUAGCUACAUACAUGCGCUACUAAACUUCAGACCUGUAGUCCUACUGCUUGCCUGCAGGGGGCAGCAUUUCUUUACAUUGAACUCCAACCUAGAACACACUUCUUAUUUCCUUUGCAAUACACAUUUUAAUAAAUGUGAAUGUUUCUACCAUGUUUAUUCACAGUAAUACAAGAAUUUAAAGGAAUAGUUCAAAGAUGAAAAUUCUCUCAUUUUUUACUCACCAUCAUGCCAUCCCAGAUUUGUAUGACUUUCUUUCAUCUGCUGAACACAAAUAUAGAAUAUUUAGAAGAAUAUUUCUGCUCUGUAGGUCCAUACAAUGCAAAUCAACAUGGUCCAAUAACUUUGAUGGUACACUUGGGAAUUUGUUACCUGCAGAACACAGAUGGCACCUUUACAUCUACAUAGCAUGAUGUCAUGUGAUUUAUUUGAUUUGAUUUGUGACUUAGAACUGUAUCUGAUCCAUGUGUGCUGUUUGUUAAAAGGCAAAAGGAUUAUACAUUUUCGUGGAUUUAAAAAAAAAAAUAUUUUUUUAAAUCUGACCCUACAGAGAGGAAUGUAGUGAAGUUUUUUUCUAUAUUUUACUGUUACAUGUUUAGGCCACAAGUUUUCCUGUCAAUUUAAAAAAAUGUAAAUAUGUUUGAAACUUCAACUUUUGCUUAGAAGAAUUCUCAACCUUUUUAUUCAAGGACCAGAGGGAGACAUUUUGUGCAAUAGCAGACACAGAGAGUGCAGUAAUGAGGGCCAGGUGCUUGUUUAAUUGACCUGUUAAUGAGGCUUAUGCUUAUUGGUUGGAAAAUAGCCUUCCAAUGACUAUUAGGGUUUAUUGAGGUCCUGAUGUUCAGUCCAAAAUAAGCCAGACCAAAUCACAUUGUAGAUAAUAUCUAAUCCAUGUGACAGGGCUGCUUUUUGAGAUAUGUUGUUUGGUUUGUUAUGGUGAUUCGAAGAAUGUCACAAUAAAAACAGAAUGUGUGUUUUUGUGGGUUUUCUCAAGGCUCACUAAAUCUGUUUUGCUUUGCAGCAGUUAGAAUUUGAGUGUCUCAAAAACUAGUGAGCUCCUUCGAGAAAGUAUUGUGAUAGCACCAUGGUAUGGUUAUGGUAUUUUAAUUGCAAUUCUGAAAGGUCAAGACUGCAGGCAGACACAUAUAAGUACAAUGGACUAGUAUUCAUUUUUAUUUUUAUUUAGUAAAAAAACAACCUGUUAUAAACGUUUAAAAUUGCAACCUUACUCUAUAUUGCCAUAUGACACUAUAUUUACUCACUAUACACCGAUAAGCCACAACAUUAAAACCAGCUGCCUAAUAUUGCAUAGGUCCCCCUGCUGCCACCAAAACAGCACCAAUCUGCAUCUCAGAACAGCAUUCACAGCACAUCACUUUUUCCAAUUUAUGUUAUGUUACAGCCUUAUUACAAAAUGUAUUAAAUUCAUUAUUUUCCUAAAAAUUCUACAAACAGUACCCCAUAAUGACAAAGUGAAAUAAGUUUGUUUGAAAUCUUUGCAAAUUUAUUAAAAACAAAAAAAUCACAUGUACAUAAGUAUUCACAGCCUUUUCCAUGACACUCAAAAUUGAGCUCAGGUGCAUCCUGUUUCCACUGAUCAUCCUUGAGAUGUUUCUACAACUUGAUUGGAGUCCACCUGUGUUAAAUUCAGUUGAU